AACACGGGUGGAGGAAAAAAUACGUGUUGCGUCCGGACUAGAUGGCAAAGAUGAACAAGGAAAGACCCCGAGGUUCACUGCGACCAAGGGUGGACACAGGAACGUUGGCUACAUCCGAAUGCGAGAUUUUGCCAACCCUUGUGGUAAGGACAGGGAACACUGGAAAACCCUUAUGUGUGCGGCAGACCUGGGCGAGGAAGAGUCGUGCCAAGAUAUACUCAAUGCUAAAUGCCACCGUUGAUCAGAGGAACAUAGAUGGAGAUACAGCAUUGUAUAUUGAGUGCAGGAGAGGACAUGUGGGUGUUAUCAACUUGCUAAUGGCUCACGGGGCAAGUUUGAACGUUUGUAACAAAGAUGGUGUCACGUGUCUUCAAGCUGCCGCUGAGGCAGGAAAUAGUGACGUUGUAUUUGCAAUGAGAAAGUGA